AUCACAUUAUAAUUAAUAAGUUCACAUAUUAUAUUCUGAUUAUUAUUACUAUUAUUGUUAUCAUCAUCAUUAUUAUAUUAUUAUUGUUGGUAUUACUAUAUAUUAUAGUGUUUAAUUAUUCAAAUAAAUACACGAAAUUGAAAAUGAGACAACAUUCCACGAGUUUGUUGCGUCUUGUAUUGGUUUGUUUGGUUUGUAUUUCUUCCCUCGUCAACUCAGAAAGCCCAUAUAGGUUCUACGACUUGGUUGUUGAGUAUGGAACUAUUGCUCCUCUACGCAUCAACCAAGCGGGUAUCUUGAUUAACGGCCAGUUCCCUGGACCUGAGAUUAACGUUGUUACUAAUGACAACGUUAUUGUAAAUGUGUUCAAUAAGCUGGACGAGCCUAUACUUCUCACAUGGAACGGAAUUAAACAGAGGAAAAGCUCAUGGACGGAUGGAGUUCUGGGGACAAAUUGCCCAAUUCUCCCAAACACAAAUUGGACAUAUAACAUACAAAUGAAAGACCAGAUUGGGACUUACACAUAUUUCCUCUCUACCCAAUUGCACAAAGCAGCCGGCAGUUUUGGCGCCCUAAACAUCAUUCGUAGAGACGUUAUUCCACUUCCCUACCCGGAACCUUCUGGUAACUUCACUAUGCUUGUCACCGAUUGGUGGAACACUGAUCACAAGGUUGGUUAUAUUUUUGUCCCACACUCAAGAACCUAGAAAUGAUUGAAUUGAAUGAAUGGUUAAAUAUAU